GCGUUACGUGAUCCGGAAGUGCAAGUGCACCGUUACAAAACAUUUUCAACUCCGGAUUAUUUGUCCGAGUUUGUUGGAAGGAUCUGUGUCGCACUAUCUGUCGUGGAUGUAAGAGAAAACAGUGGAGAUAAAAUGACUUUAAACCAGAAUCACUCGGAGGCAGGGGGAGUCAUCGUCAACAACAGUGAGAGUGUCUUGAUGUCCUAUGAGAAUGUAGAGCUGAUGUUCAGCGAUGCAGACUGCUUGCCAGACCUGUUUAGGAAGAGCAGGAAAGGGAGCAUCUAUCUCACACCAUACAGGAUGAUCUUUGUAACAAAGGGGAAAGAGUCUUUGCAGUCAUUCAUGAUGCCGUUCUACCUGACAAAGGGCUGUGAGGUCAAACAACCUGUGCUUGGAGCCAACUAUAUCAAGGGCACUGUCAGUGCUGAACCAGGAGGUGGUUGGGAGGGUUCUGCAACCUUCAAACUGAUCUUUGCCUCUGGUGGAGCUAUUGAGUUUGGACAGUACAUGUUGCAGGUGGCUGCUCAGGCCUCCAGGGGGCAGCCCGUGACCCCUGAUUUUAGCUGUCCAUACAUGGCUAAUGGCACAUAUGCCUACCCACCUCCCGCUCCAGCUAAUGGCAUCUACUCCACUGGACCACCUCCUCCUGGCUAUUCAUACCCUGCUCCUCCACCUCCAGGUGCAUUCUAUCCCAAUCCCCCGGGUUUUGAUGGCGCUGCAGCCUACGUGCCCCCUCCACCUUACUCUGCCUCAAUGGCCCAAGCCCCUCUAGACCCUGACCUUCCACGUACACCUGCAGCGGAGGCUAAAGCAGCAGAGGCAGCAGCCAGUGCAAACACUGCCCCUCGUGCUCCUACUCGCUUUUACCUGCCGGAGGACAAGCCACCACCUUACUCACCUCCUGAAGACAAGAAGAACCAGUAAAUGUCACACCAGCAUUCCCAAAGCCGGUCCUCAAACUCCUCUCUCAAUGGUGUCUCUCUCUUUCUCUCUCUCUCUCUCUCUCACACACACACACACACACACCUCCUGAGCAGCAUUUAAUUUAAUUAACUCUGCCUAUCCAUACCAGGAGUCUAAUCCAAUGAGCAGUAAACAAUGUUGGUAUCGAGGAAAGAGAGGAAAAACAAAAGAAAUAUCAUGAGUGAGCAGAAAUUAACGUUUUAGAGCUUAUCAGGAGUCACAACUGUGAUGACAGAUUUCCUAACACUAUAUUUUGCAUUUGUAAAGCACUGACUGCACAUUGGACUCGAGUUGUAAGUUUAUUUUGUGGAGCUGGCCCAGUUGGCCAUGUUUCAUAAGACACAGGGCCAUCGCGUUUGGAUCGAUCGUGUGAUGAGAAUUACUAAUCAGUGCUGUGUAUUCAUUCAGGCGUUAUACUUUACAUCCUUCCCCGUAUCUUGAAUGUGUUCAACCCGAAGGCAUCUUGGUGUACCCGUGGAUCCGCUGUCCCUGUGCUACUUGUGUCUGUGUGCUUCUCUGGAGAAUGUCUCAAACUAACAGUGCACUUUACCUUUUUUGGUCCUUCAUCAGUACAUCAGUCCACAAAUGGUCUGGCUGUUCCACAAACAGUUCUUACUUAAUUUAUUUGGAUUUGAAAAUACGUAACCAUACAAGCAUGCUCUCAGCUGUGAUGUCUAACAUAAUGGAUUGUAUUUUAUUAAAUUAAACAUGUACCAGUUUAAAGGUCUGGCUUA